UCCAUAUUUCCUAAGCAGAGUUAAUUGAGAUACAUCUACAAUAUUAUAUUCACUUGUCGAAUUAAAAUCGUCUGUGUCUGAGCUUGACCCCCCAAUGCCUAUUGAGAGGAAGCUCCUGGAAGUAAAAUCUGUGACUUCACACUAGUCUAAUCAACAGCAGAAAGGAAUAUACGCCACUGAAAAUGGACUCCAUUAGAAGCUCACAAAUAACUGAAGCCAUACAACACAUAUCAGAGUCUGUGUUUGUGGGACUGUGUCGUAAAGUGGGGACCUCACAAUUGGUGGCCAUGAGGAGAGAUGCGCUGGACAUCGAGGAUAUGGUGGUAAAUCACUGUCACUAUUUCAGAAAGAUGGUGAGUCGAAGUAAGAGAGAAGGACUCAGACUUAAAGGAUCAGAUAUAGACAUUAUGUUGUGGCCAAAUAAUCACCGUGUGAUCUGGGACUUAUCUCAGUCUCAGUAUUACAACACACACAGACAAACACUGAUCCUCUGUGACUGUUCUGAUAGUCCACCAGGAUUCACUUUGUUAUAUUUACUCUCACCAAGCAUGUAUAGACAAAUCCAGAGAGCGUGUGUUAAAACGAAUAACAGAUAUUGUAUAUCUAGUUCUAAAUUCAGACAGAUCACUUUAUCUGAGUCGUCAUCACAACCUUAUAACAUCACUGAACAUGGACCCUGUGCCAGUGGAACAAUUGGAUCAAAAGAAUAUGAUCAUGCCUACUGUUUUGUCAGUGACCUUUGGCCUCCCUCUGCCUCCCUAUGGAUAGACAGAUGUCACUCAUGGCCCCAGCCUCAUGUUGUUGAUGAUAUAGUGAAAAAUGGAUGUCACUUUGUAGCAAUUGGACACAAGCUAGGAAAUCAUGAAGAUCAUGAAUGGAGAAUUUCUUUCUCCCUAGCAGAACAAAAACUUGUGAAUGUAAUGAAUCACUGUCAAUUCUUAACUUACAGCUUACUUAAAUUGAUCUUAACAGAAAUAAUUAACAAUGGAGCAGGUGAUGAUGAUAAAUUACUGUGUUCCUAUCACAUGAAGACGGCAGUUUUCUGGGUGAUUCAACAAAAUACAAUACCUCACUGGUGUCCACAAAAUUUCCUGGGGGGUUUCUGGGUCUGUUUUAAACUCAUCCUCAAAUGGGUGUAUGAGGGGGUCUGUCCAAAUUUUUUCAUUCCAGGCAACAACAUGUUUCUGAGUAAAAUUCAUGGCGUCAAACAAAAUCAGCUAUUUAUAAGACUGUUAGAGUUGUAUCAAAAGGGUUUAGCAUUCCUGCUACAUAGUCCCUCCAUUAGAUCUUGUAUUAUAUAUGUCCUCUAUAACCCCAGAAACUCCAUCUGUACAGAUAAUCAUACUCUGAUUUCUGAGGUUGAGUUUGAUGGAAAUCUAUUUGAGGAAAUACUAUCUCUUUACAUAAUACCAGGCAAAUUGGACAUACAAAGCUACAUUAGAUAUCUACAUAAAAUAGAACAGAUGAUAGGUUCACACCUCCUGACACAGUAUCAAAUCAUUACGCUACAGAACAUGACUGCUAGGGCCCUUCAGUACACUGCUUUUAUAUUACACAUGGAAACUUACACACCUGACAACAAACUGAGGUAUAGAGUUGACAAAAUGUCCUGUCACAUGCUGAAAUUAACAGCCAAGUUUGGUUGUAUUACUGACAUGAUAUACAUAGCCAUGUAUUAUUACAAGACACUUAGAUACAUGAAAGCUUUAUCUGUUAUAAAGAUGAUCAUGGUCAAGAUAGCACAGCCAUAUGUGUUUUAUUGGUCAAAUGUAGAUAGAGAGAGGUAUACUGAGGCUGUAGGGGGACAGUCCUGGUCUAAAAAGAUGAGACAGGCUGUAGCAGAGGAUAUCACACUUUACAAUGAAAUCCAUUACAUCAGUGAACUGAUACCUGAACAACAAUCUGCUCUACAGAACAACUGGCCUUCAUUAAGUGUACCACCCCUUAUCCUGUCAUCCAUGCUAGUGAUUUUGUGCUACAGACAUGUAGACACAAUGCGAGCACAAAGAGCUCUAGAUGAUCUACAGACCCUAGUUCUCCAUUUUCAGGGACAGCUUAUAUCAUACAGAGACAUAUCAUGGCAGAUUCUGGGGAUCUGUCAACAGGUGACAGGGAACCUCCAGGCUGCUCUAUACUCAUACCAACAAUCUCUCAGAGAAGAACCAAACAAUGGAAUACACAUAGCUACAGAAAUGAGAAUACAGAGUUUGCCAAUGGAUUUCCUUAAUUAAUUAAAUGUCAGAUGAUAUUUGUAGGAGUUCACCUGAUAGAGAUUUAUUAUUUACAUAUACUCUUCUGAUUUCAUAUUUUCUUUUCUGUCUGUUUUAUUACAUGUAUUAUAAAGCUAAUACUAGUAACAAGUCCAUAAUUAAAUAAAAGAGGCACUAUUGCUUAUCAUAAUUACAGUCAAACCUGUAUAAAGCAGUCACCUAUAGGAUCCUUAAAAAGGUGACCUUUAUAGAGAGGUGACCUUCAAGGUUCAUCUUAUUAAAGGAAUUUAUUUAUACAUCAAAUAUGCCAGUUUAUUUGUGUUUAUAUAUAAUGUAUUUCACUACAAAAUAUACAAGGAAGUUAGGUAUUGGACAUAAGUGAUCUCACUUUUAACAUGUUUAAUUUUUGUUUCUUCCGCAUGACUUCUGUGGAUGAAUUCAAACAAAAUUCAAUGAAUCCUAGAAAAUUAUAAAAUAUUUGUAUAUAGAAUCUUACAAGGUAAAAGCAUUAUCCCCCAUCAAAGCAACAAUUUUUCCUCUUGUGUAAGGAAUGAAUAUAUAAUGCAAUGAAGAAAAUCAAUCGAAUAUUUUUUUUAUCUAAACUUGAAUUGUAAAAUAAACUUUUGUACAUAUAUAUAUAUUUAAUGCAUGUAAUGGAUUUUUGUGUAAUUAAACAGACAGGUAACUGUCAGAUGUACUCAGUUGAUAUUGGUGUUAAUUAAAGACUAAACGGUAUUUAUUA